GCUAAAACUUAAUCCGUCCAUACGUUAAUAAGCAACAUUUUAUCAAUGGCCAAGGAAAUAUGUUAUCAGAAUAUUUCGUCCAUUUUUUUCUUACUGAAAACCUGAGCAAUUCCAACGCUUUCUGAUUUCGAUUUCUUGUGUCCGUGUUUAGGGAUCGUCUGCUGGGGCGAUGACGUAAAAGUUUCCGGGUGUCUCCUAAGGAGCUAGAUGAUGGCGAGCAAACAUCUAAGGAACUUUAGUCGGGGAAAACAGAAUCGAUUUGUUUAAUGAGGAGUUUCUUUGUGUUUACUAAAACAAUACCCGGAGAAAAUGUCGAUGUUUGUAAAUGAUCAGGAUGAUUCCGAUUCCAAAAAGAAACAGAUCUACAAAGCUUGUAUGGAAGGGAAAGCCGAGGAGCUAACCAGACUGGUGGGGGGAAAUGUCAAUAUGGUGAUCAAGGAUGGUCUGACGCCGUUACAUGUUGUCGCAACCAGCGGGAGAGAAGACAUGGAGUAUAUUAUCGCUGCCCUUAUCAAAACCGGAAGUGACGUGAACGCCACAACCGCCACAGAAGAGGACACUGUCCUCCAUCUCGUCAUCAAACACGCCGUCCUACGAUUGGCUUUCCAGACAUGUUUGAUGAUCCUAGAGCACAAACCAGACCUCGAUAUACGAAACAGGAGUCUGAGAACACCAUAUGAUUUAGCGAUGGCUCAAGAAUAUUUUGAGCUCGCUAACGUUCUAGAUGGUUCGAUGACUCCCGAGGAAGCCCGAAAUUACUACACAAAGUCAAUAGGAGAUUUGUACGGGGGACGGUUGAUAGAUGCGGUGAUGGACAACAACGAGACGGAAGCACUGGAUUGUGUUCAACAGGGGGCGGACUGCAACUUUCUCAACAAACAUGGCGCUGGCGCCAUUCACUACAUGUUCACCAAUCUGUACCAACAUCCAGCCCUGAACCUCCUGAGUAAAAUGGUGGAAGGCGGAGCGGAUGUUAACCUCAGGGAUUAUGAAGGGGACACUCCACUUAACUUGGCAAUAAAGAAAACUAGUUUGAGACCAGAUAACCAAAUGUACAAUGUGGUGGAUCAAUUGCUUCAUUGGGGAGCGGAUCCAACUCACAAAGAUUUGGAUGGUAACGAUGCUCUUGCGUUAGCAGAAAGCAGGAAAUACUUGGAUGUCGUAAAAUUACUCAGAAGACAGAAAACUGCCAUACUCACUCCUCAACCAGCGACCUCCCCUGAGCCUCAUUAUCAGUCUCCAGUGCCCUCCGAUCGGGCCUCUGAGUCACCUUCUCUGCCGCCGCUCUCUCCUUCUAGAGUCCUUCAACCCACGCCAUUACCAGAAGGAAAUCGAGAUCCCGAACCCGAUCGAGAGGAAACACCACGGAUCGUGGAGGACACACCAGUCCCGGCUCCUGUUAUGGCGAGGCCCGAAUCUGCUGGAGGGGAAUCUAUUACGUCAGUGAUAGAGGAGGAAAAUCCAGAUGAACUGGAUGACCUACUGAGAGAUCCAGACGCUAAUCUCAACAUACCUAACACGAUGGGAUUAUUUCCGUUACAUGUCGCAAUAUUAAGAAAUAAUCCUACCAGCAGAAACAAUAUGGUGCAACAACUUCUGAACAAUGGAGCAGAUAUCAACGUCAAGGCCAUACCUAAUGAUGAUCAUAAUGAGGCUGGUAAUACGGCUCUCCAUAUGUCAGCAGCAAGGGAUCAACUGGACACGGUCAGAAUCCUGCUCUCUUAUAAUCCGGCCAUAUCACCGACUAACGAUGAAGGACAAACCCCAUACAACUAUGCUGAACAGAACGGAAACGCCGAGAUGAUGAGGCUGCUGCAGGAGCAACAACAGAAUGUGGAGCGGAGUAAGGACAAAUCCUCCACGUGUGUUCUAUUAUGACAAAGACAUUCUGCACAUGCGUGAUAUGUAUUGUGACGUCACAAUCUUUUCUCAUUAACCUUUGAUCUCGGGGGAAUAUACUAGUUCACACCGAUGUUCUUUCAUAAACCCUGUCUUUGAUGAUAUAUUUGUUCUACAUGUAUCUACUGUCUUGUGUCUUUAUGUUCCCUGUGUAACAGAAUGUACCCACACCUUUCUCAGCUCAUGAAUGACAAUGUUAUUUAAAAAUGCUAUAGUAAUUUAUCUAGACAGAACACUUUUAUAUCCUUGUUAUAGUACAAUAAAUGACGUUGUACGUGUUGAA